AUGGCAACCGAUGAUGACAUCAUCCUUCGCGGUCUUAGAAUAGUCAUUCCCUCAUGCCUUCGUGCACACGUUGUCAACCUGGCUCAUGAAGGCCACCAAGGUCUGGUCAAAACUAAAGCGCUCCUCCAUGAAAAGGUCUGGUUCCCGAAAACCUAUGAACUCACUGAACAUCUCGUCAAAAGCUGCAUUCCUUGUCAAUCGGCGGUCCAGCACCAUCCACGAGAACCACUCCAAAUGUCUAAGCUUCCCAAUGCACCAUGGCAGGAAGUCAGUGUUGAUUUCUGCGAAGUGGGAGGCAGCUAUUUGCUUGUCGUAAUCGACAAUUAUUCAAGGUAUCCAGAAGUACAGCUUCUGCAUUCCACUUCAGCCAAGGCUGUCAUUCCUCACCUGGAUCACAUCUUCUCUACCUUCGGGAUACCUAAAGUCCUCUGUUCAGACAACGGUCCACCCUUCAACAGCGCUGAGUUUAAACAAUUUGCAACCCAUCUUGGUUUUCACCAUUGA